AUGGGUGUCACCAAGACCACGCACCAGGAGGGCACUGGCGCCACCCCCAAGGUUGGCGACCGUGUUACUAUUGAGUACACCGGCUACCUCAAGGACACCUCCAAGCCCGACAACAAGGGCAACAAGUUCGACAGCUCCGUCGGACGUGGUGACUUUGUCACCGCCAUCGGUGUCGGCCAAGUCAUCAAGGGCUGGGAUGAGGGUGUCGUCCAGAUGAAGGUUGGCGAGAAGGCCACCCUGGACAUCACCAGCGACUACGGCUACGGUGCUCGCGGCUUCCCUGGCCACAUCCCGGCCAACUCUGACCUCAUCUUCGACGUCCUCCUGAAGAAGAUCAACUAA